AUGGUCACCGGCGUCUGCCCGUCGCGGUAUCUGUGGCCACAACAACGGCGCUUUCUAUGGCGACAUGAACCAGGCUCGCAGACUCGCCGUCGACCACUGGAGCCGUCAAACUCCGCCGGCAACGUCCUCGACCGCCGGAGGGACUCUUUGAGACAACGGCGGUGGCAGCCGUCAAACUUCGUCGUCGUCCUCGUCUACAGCGUACUUUUCAUCCGACGAAGGUCUCCAUCUUCAGCAUUAGUAGAAUCGCCGGCGAGAAUCGCCGAUGGUGGCGGGGCGACUACACAUCAGGCGACAAAUACUUCAGUCGUGGUUGUUCAAGGAUUUGAUUGCAAUUCUCCUUCGUCGUCACCAUCCUCAGGCCACUUCUCGUCUGCCGUUGCUUCUCUCUGGCCGCCACCUCUCACGGCGGUGGCUGGUCUGAUUCCAGCGAGAGCAUACUGA